AAAUGUCGUUUGUGUCAAAGAAAAGUGAUCACAUCAUUCACAUCGAAGUGUCUAAAAUGGGUACUUUUAGGAUAUGAUUAUUUGUUUUUAAUACUUAAUUCGCAAACCAAUAAUUCCGUUUUUUCCGUACAACGUACAACGGUUAGUCAACGGUUGGAAUUUCAUGUUCUUCCUGUUACGAAGUUUAAACACAAAAUUGUUUGACGUCUUACUUUAAAGAUGCCCAACCCAUUUGGAAGGUAUGUCUGACGUAAUUUUUUUUGUCAGACCAGAACUUUGGAGUUGAAUUUAUAAACAAAAUCUAUUAACCCAUGUGUAUUGCAUUUGAUAAUUAUUUUUUAAGAAAACAUCAUUUGUGGUGGAUCUGAAAAUGAGUUACUAAAGCUAUAUAUAGAUACAUGAUUUAAAAUAACAAGUGGUAAAAAUGGAAUCAGAUUCUGGAAAAGAAAUAAAGGAAAAAUGUUCGCGAUCAGACAAGGAACAGUGUUCUUGUGAAAAAUCUUCCAUUCAGAGUGAUGGCAGCAGUUUAGAGUUGCAUGUAUACAAGGAGAAAAGAAGCAAAAUAAAUCUUUUCAAUAUACGAAGAGCAAGGUCCCUACACUUUAAUUCUAAACGAAAUAAAAAGGUAUCCCAGAAUAUUCCCUCCACAUCUGGUGCAAGUGCAUGUAGUGGUGCUUUGAAAAAAUCUCCGAAAUGGAAUAUCAAAUUUAAUUACCCUAAAAAAGAAGCUAAAGAAACUGUCGGUGACCAACUUAGAAAUUGUUGUAAAUGUACUUGCUAUAAAAGAGAAUUUAGCAAUGUAGCGAGCAACAGUGAGUGGCAAGAAAAUAGGGAUUCCAAUUUGGAAAAAGAUGAACCCAUCAAAAACAAUAAUCUAGCUCAUGAAAGGGAUGCAAGAGUUGAUCUUCAUGCACCUCAGCUUGAAAUAGAACAAUCCAAUAAUGUGAGGGGUAUUUAUGGAACUGCUGGAGCCAACAACUCGGCCCCAUUCAAUAUUGUUAUAAAUGCGCCAUUUGUCAAUGUUGAUGUCCAGUGGAUGAGAAUGGUUCAUGAGGAUUGUGACGAGGCAGCCAGAUUAGCACGUGCUAGAGAAAUAGAGCAGGGUGUUGAUCCACCAGCCAAUUUCCGCUCAGUUAGACGCCUUCAAUUGUUCUGUUCAGAUUCUGAAUCAGAAAACAACUCUACCCAACCUCCACGACGAUUGCAGCUGGUCUGCCCGCCUGAUCUCAGUGUAGAGUCCCUAAAAGCCCUGUUCCAAAACCAUGUGACAUUAAGGUCCUGCCCACUCGAUUCAAUAGCGGGUUGCCAUACUCAAGUUGAUUUCAUACACUGCCUGGUACCUGACUUGUUAAGUAUCACCAACUGUAGUUUUUAUUGGGGUAAAAUGGAUCGUUAUGAAGCGGAGAGGCUCCUGGAGGGCAAACCUGAAGGCACUUUUCUCCUGAGAGACUCUGCCCAAGAAGAAUUUUUAUUUAGCGUAUCUUUCAGAAAAUAUGGGCGUUCAUUACAUGCUCGUAUUGAACAAUGGAAUCACCGAUUUAGUUUUGACUCCCACGAUCCGGGCGUUUUUACCUCGGACACGGUUUGUGGUCUUAUUGAACAUUAUAAAGACCCAAGCAGUUGCAUGUUCUUCGAGCCCAUGCUAACUUGGCCAUUACAUAGGAAUUUUACGUUCUCCUUGCAGCAUUUGGCGCGAGCUACUAUAGUAAAUCGACUGGCUUAUGACAAUAUCAACCAGCUGCAACUACCGAAAACUCUGAAGACAUAUCUGAAAGAAUACCACUAUCGUCAGAAAGUAAGAGUUGAAAGGUUCGACGAUGAUGUGCAGUGGUUGGAAGUUAGAAACAUACCACCUUGACCAGUUUUGGUCAGCUGGUAUGUCCGUUCUUGUUACUUAAAUAGCUUAAGGAGGUUAAAAUUAUUAUUUAGAUAUUUUGAUAGUUUAAAAAAAAAAGUAAAAACAUCCAUAUUGGAUUUAUUUUAAUUAUUUAUAUCACAAUGUGGAUUGUUUUGUGUUCUCCUUUACCUCUAUGGCAUUAGAUAAUUUCAUAUAAUUUUUCUGAUUUUUUUUUUAUGUACAUUAUAGUUUUGGAUCAGCAUCUGUUUUAAUGGAGUAUAUUCGAUUAUAUCAUUUAUUAUAUUAUUGGUUGAAUAAAACUUUUUUAA